AUGGCUGGUACUCGCAGAACAUUAGCGCUAGUCACAUUAAUAUGUGGUAUUGUAUCUUUCACAGGUUGCAAUGCCGGAGUCUACAGCUCUCAUCACUUCGAGACGAUGCCGUACGAUGGAUUUUUUAAUAACUUGGCCCAUCAUGAUUGGGGAGCUGCCGAUCGACCAUUGACAAGAACAAUGCUUGCUGCAUACAGUGAUGGUGUGUACCAGCCUUCAGGUGAUGACAGACCAAACCCUAGGGAGAUUAGUGAGGCUGUUAUGAAAGGGUGGACUGGAGAGGGAUCGUAUGUCAAUAGAACUGCAUUACUUGUGUUCUUUGGACAACAAGUAGUGGAAGAAAUCCUGGAUGCCCAAGGAUCUGGAUGUCCUCCAGAAUAUUUUAACAUUAAGAUUCCAAAGAAUGAUCCAGAUUUUGAUCCAGAGGGAAAAGGCAAUGUGGAGAUUCCCUUUUUGCGCGGCCGUUAUGAUAAGAGCAUCGGUUACUCCCCUAAUGCACCGAGAGAACAGAUGAAUGAAAUCACACCAUGGAUAGAUGGAGGUCUUGUAUACGGCAUAUCCAAGGCUUGGACGGAUGCUCUAAGGAGUUUUGAAGGUGGGAAAUUGAAGGCCUCUCCAGACGGGAGAUUCCCGGCUAGGAAUGAUAUUGGAUUACCAAUGGCAAACCCACCCCCACCCAGAGACCAUUAUUAUAAAGAUGCAAAGAGAUUUUACAUGCUUGGUAAUCCACGAGGUAAUGAAAACCCACUACUUCUGACAUUCGGCGUACUGCUGUUCAGAUGGCACAAUUUAUUGGCUGAACGAAUACAAAAAGAACACCCAGACUGGAAAGAUGAACAGAUAUUUCUGACUGCUAGAAAAUGGGUUGUGGGUACAUAUCAGAAAAUAGUUGUUUAUGACUGGUUGCCAUCCUGGUUGAAUGACACUUUACCAGAUUACUCAGGUUAUCAGAGCGCGCUACAUCCGGGGAUCACACAUGAGUUUCAGUCGGCAGCAAUGAGAUUUGGCCACACACUUGUUCCACCAGGAGUUUAUAGAAGGAAUGCUCAGUGUGAAUUCCGUAAUACUUCUUUGUUAACUGGUGCAUCUGGUUACCAUGGGUUACGAAUAUGCAACACAUAUUGGAAUCCCCAGGAAUCAAUUGAAGAGAGUGAUAUUGAUGAGUUUUUGAUGGGAAUGGCAUCACAGAUAGCAGAACGUGAAGACAAUAUCAUUACACCUGAUCUCAGAGGCAAAGUAUUUGGUCCACUGGAUUUUUCCCGCAGAGAUUUGAUGGCACUGAAUAUACAGCGAGGACGAGAUCACGGUUUACCAAAUUACAACACUGCGCGAAAUCACUAUGGACUACCUGAGAUUAAGGACUGGAAAGAGAUUAAUCCUUUUUUGUAUGAUCUUGAUCCAGCCUUGUUUGAUCGGUUAUCUGACGUACAUGACGGCAAUAUCAGCAGAGUUGACAUUUGGACUGGCGGAUUGUUGGAAACGACACCACAGGGACCAGGACCAUUAUUUAGAUCAAUUAUUAUGAAUCAAUUCUUAAGAAUUAGAGAUGCUGACAGAUUCUGGUUUGAAUAUGAAAAAAAUGGCUUAUUCACAGCGGAGGAAUUGAAAGUGAUAUGGGACACUACAUUGUACGAUAUAAUCAUUAAUGUUACAAACAUAACACCUGGUGAUAUACAGAAAGAUGUCUUUCACCAUUAUGCUGAUGACCUUUGUCCCCAACCAAAGCAGUUGAAUGAGUCUGACAUGGAGCAGUGUACUGAUGUUCAAGGUUUUGAUUACUUUGAUCACAGUGAAUGGUAUUUUAUUGGUUCAUUUACAGCUGUUGGAUUACUCACGCUCAAGAGUGAUCCGAAGACAAGGGAGAUAUUAGAUUGUGAAUUGACGCUGUCUGAGUUUGCAGACUCUCUAUCAAUGAAAUCAGACAAUGAUUUUAUACAACAGAUGUUUGAAUUGUCAUGCACUGUUUGCAGAGAAAGCAUUGACUCAACUGAUUUAGAGAGUGAUCCGAAGACAAGGGAGAUAUUAGAUUGUGAAUUGACACUGUCCGAGUUUGCAGACUCUCUAUCAAUGAAAUCAGACAAUGAUUUUAUACAACAGAUGUUUGAAUUGGCCGAUAAAGACAAGAAUGGUUACAUUUCAUUCAAAGAAUUCCUCCAACUCAUCAUAGUCUUAUAUCAAG